UAAUUGUUGCUGCCAUUUAUACUGUAUUCUGAAAGGUCCGUAAUAUUUAGAUUCUAUUAUACUCUUAUCAAUACAUAGCAGAAAUAAUAUACUAUUUUUUUUUGCAUUUUUCAGGGAGAUUCAGUUGAAUCAGUGAUAAUAGACUACCAAAUGGUCAAAGAAAACAACCCUACGGGCGAUCUCAUGUUCAUGAUCUUCGCCUGCAGCGACCACGAAGGUCGUGUGAAACAUUUCAACGACUGGCUCGACUACUACCACUCGGAGUUAGACGAAAGGCUCCACAACUUUUAUUUGAAAGCCAACUACGUGUACCCUAGAGACCAGCUAGACGUUGACUUGAAGAGAUACGCCAAGAGUAUGCUCGGCGCAUUAGUUCUGUCAGCUACUUUUAGUGUAAUGCAACCUUCCAAUGCUAAGAAAGUCAAAGAUGCUAUGGAAGAAUAUUACGAGCCUGAAGAUGAAGCAGAAAAAGAAGCUAAUAUGAAAGGUCUUUUUACAUUCGAUGAUAAAUAUAAGCAAAUAUACAAAAAGAGAUUAGAAGGAAUUAUUGACAGUUUCAUUUAGUUUGGACUUUUUUAUAAUUGUAAAAUUUUAAUUAAAGAUAUUUAUUUCUCACAAAUAAUUAAACUAUGCACUGAAUAAAUAAUAACUAUUUGGUAUAUCUAUUUGCUAAUAUGAUUCUUCGUAUUUUCUUCUUCUAAUUCAU